AGUUUUUAAAAGCCAGGACUGGGGGAAGAAUCAACACAACCCGGGGAAGAUUCAGGAAGACGAGGCCGGAAAUUGUGGUAUCCAUAGAGACGCUGUCGGAAAUCGGGGUUGCUAGGAGGCCUGCGCGCGCGUCCGCCUGAAGACCGCGUCAUGGCUGAAGUCCCAGAAGAUUACGAUUCUGGACCGGAUGAAAACGAGACGCUCGAGUCGGAGAGACCUGAGCCGCCCGGAGUUCACAGACUACCCGAAGAUGUCGGAGCGGACGCCGGGGCAGAGGCGGCCCCCGAGCCAGCCGCAGAGGCUGACCCAGAGCCGCCCGAAACCGAGCCGGGGAGCCCGCGAGAGGACGAGGCCGGCCGGGCGGAGCGCGAACAGCCGCCGGCCGCGGGCACGUGGGGGGAAGAAGAGCUGCCCCGGGCGCCCGAGAGAGAGCCGUCUGUCCAGACGGAGCCCGAGGGCCCCCGCGGGCGGGAGUCGGCGUCCUCCGCGGGCAUGGGAGGAGGGCUUGACGGCGACGUGGGGGUCGCGGUGGCCGAGCCACCCACAGAAGCCAGGCCCGAGACCGAGGGGCCGCCUCGACUUGGGGAGCCAUAUGCAGAAACGGGUCCCGAGCAGAGCGCGCUAGACUUGCCCGGUGAGGAACCAGUGGGAUCGGGUGAAGAGACAGCCCUGCCUCCCGCAGAGAUGACCGGAUCGGAGAUUGCCGAGGAGGAGCAAAGGACGGAGCCAUCGGAGGUGACGGAGCCCGAGUUUCCGGACCCUACGCCGAGAAAAUCUCCCGAGGAAGCAGAUAUCCCGCCUCCAGAAGAGACUAAGCCAGAGGUUCCAGAGGAGACGGGGCCAGGGCCGCUUGAGCAGGCCGCUCCGGACUCCUCUGAAGAGAACACAAAGUCAACCGGAGAGAAAGUUCCAGAGGCGCUGGAACAGCUCAAACCGGGACUUCCUGAGGAAGAACCAAGAGAACCAGCUGAUGAGACAAGUCCCGAGCCGCCAGAAAUGACCGCGGAAAUUCCAGAGGAGACCAGAUCAUCUGAGGGAAAGAUGCCGGAGACAACAGAAGAGACCGAUGUGGUACCACCACAGGAGACCAGAGCAGAAGUUCAAGAGGAGACAGGAGGAGGGUCGGUUGAGGAGGACAGAGUUCUAGAACCAUUGGAAGAUAGUGAACUGAAAGAUCUAAACGAGGAACAGAGAAAAUCUAGUGAGACAAUAGGACCAGUGCCACCGGAGAAGUCUAAAUCAGAACCAUUAGAAUCCAGUGAGGAGAAAGAUCCAGAGCUACUAGAACAGACUGAGUCAGAGUUUCCAAAGGAGGAACCAACAAAACCAACGGAAGUUGAAACAGACCAAGUGCCACCACAGACAGAACCAACCAAGGAGAACUUACCUGAUGAACCUGAGCUGAGAGAAGAAGAUACAGGAUUUUCCAAGGAAGAUAGGCCAGAAUCAAGCCAAUAUAAGCAUUCUGUAGACGAGAGUAAACUGGUAUACCCUGAGUACCAAACAGUAGAUUUGUUAGAAAAAGAAGCUGAUGACAAAGAAGAGUCUCCACUAGGAUCUCCUAGAGAAAGUGAAGAAGAAUCAGUUACAGAUCGUGAUUCUCAAGAACUCCUAGAAGUGCUUCAGCCUACUCGAGUCGAGGAGGAAUCCUCAAAUAUACAUCUCUUAGAUCCUUCAGUAGAAUUAAGAAAGCUCUUUAGUGAAAAGAACGUUGUAGGUUUGGCCCCAGAGUUGGAGAAACUGGAACCUGAAGCUAAGGAAUCCAAGCCAAAAAAACCGAUUGACCUACAAUUUAAGCAUCUUACAUGGAGCCCAGAGGAAGUAGCAGAGUGGAUUAGUCAGCUAGGCUUCCCUCAAUACAAGGAGUGUUUUACUACUAAUUUCAUCAGUGGCCGAAAACUCAUCCAUGUAAAUUGUUCAAACCUCCCUCAGAUGGGGAUAACGGAUUUUGAGGACAUGAAGGUAAUAUCUCGGCAUACCCGGGAGCUACUGGGAAUUGAAGAGCCACUCUUCAGCCGUACCAUCAGACUUCCCUACAGGGACAAUAUUGGCUUAUUUUUAGAGCGAAAAGGUCAUAGUGGGAUAAAAUCUGAUUCCUUGACCUUAUCUGAAUUUGUUAAAACAGAAGGACUAAAGGACUAUGAACCAGAAAUAAUUGUCUCAGAAGAGACUGAAUCAUUACUUGACACAGAGCAAUAGAGGAAAGCCAUUUUACUUAGCUUGAAAGAUCACACUGAUCUUGAGGGGAGAGGUGUGGUCUUUUCAAGUUUUGUUUUUCCUUUUCAUUAAGGAUCAGAGUUAGAACUGCUGGCUUCUGAUUCUUCCCACUUGACAUCACCCGUUGGUGUUUCAAUGUAACCCUCUGGUUAAAGAUAGUCAUAUUUGUCUUUCUAGGUAAUUAGCAGAAUUCUUGUUAAAUUCUAGUAAUAUACCUGGUGAGGAAACUAAAAGUAAAAACUCAACCAGUGGUAAUAAUGGCAAACACCUCUAAUCCCAGCACCAGGCCAGCUAAGUAAGGCAGGAGAAUCAUGAAUUGGAGGAGUCUUCGUUAUGUAACAAACCCUAUAUCAAAAAGCCACGUAAAUAAAAGAUGGUAGAUUGAGACAAUGAUGUCCUAUCAGCCAGAUAAUCCUCUGCACAGAUUUAAAAAAAUAAACCAUUUUAUGACUGAAUAAGAUUAAGCUGAGGACCACAACACAGGCAAGUUGCUAAAAGAGAUUGUAAAGACAAAAAGAAAAAAAAAUGGCUUUGUGGUCAAGGCAUUUGCCUGCAAAGCCAAAGGACCCUGGUUUGAUUCUCCAGGACCUAUGUAAGCCAGAUGCACAAGGGGGUAUGUGC